AUGCGCUAUACAACUUCUCAUUUGCCCAGUGGCGACCUGUUCCGUGCGACCGCGCUCAAGACUCCAGGACCGAAAAGACUAACCAGCAUCAAACUACCUACUUCGCUUCCGGGAAAUGCCUGAAUCGCUGCUAAACAAUCAGACCUGAUCACUUAUCCAGCCAAGCUAAAGUUUUGGCAUCUCCGACUCGAAGUGCGACUCUUCGUCCAAUCCUCCUCCACCCUCACCUCAUCUUCUCCCUGUUGCGCCAUCACGAGACAAGGUCAACAACCUUCGCAUCUUGCCGUCUUGAGCCAUCUUACUCUCCAAGCCAUCGCUCUUGCGUCACGUCCGACUGUCCACUCACUGCAUCGCUCCUCACUCCCUUCUGACUAGUUAUCACCUCGGAAGACCCUAUCAUCCCCCCCCUCCCGCCCGUUCCUAUCGAACCGGACAGAAACAUCGUGCCUACCUACCCAACUGCUUCGCGCCUACUUAAACCCGUCCCUCCCCAGGCCCAAAUCUCUGCCAGCCCAUAUGCCUGGAAUUCCCCUCGACGCAAUGGACAAGCUCAAGGCUCUCUUCAGACGCAAGAAGGACAAGGAGAGCAGCACUGCUGGUACCAAGACAGAUACCAAUGGCACUGCUGCAGCAGUUCCUAAGCCAACGCCUACAGAUACUGCCGCUGCGCCUUCGUCCAGUGAUGCCGCUGCUCCUCCUGCUGGCACUGCCCCAACCGAUGCCCCAGCGGCUACCGAUAAGCCCGCCGACCCUGCCCCGGCGAACACUCCUGCUGCCCAGUAGGCUACGUCUUCCGGGAACGGACACGAUGCUUGAUGGAUGAUCAAGAGCUCAAAUCUCACACAACAUCUGCCGGUUGUCCAGAAGCGCGCAACCGAUUUCAUAUCAAGCCUUUGACUCUCGUGCUUUGCCCGACCACUACUCCCAACGCGGUUCCGCGGAGUUUGUUUUCAUAAUUUCAGCACUGUCCUUCAGUCUAGUCGACAAGCGUCUAAUCCAACAUUAUACCCCUUUUGACGCCAAUACGAAACUUGCUGAAGCGAUGAUACCCUUCGUUCUUCAAGCAUUCAUUCCCUAACACACAAACACAUGACCACAGUUGGGCUAACGGACCGGGAAGGACGGUCGGAGAAUAUUGCUUUUCACGCACCAUUGAACAAUUGAGAUACCCCAGCCGCGUCUGUCUCUCACAAGCAGAUAGCGAAGCAGCAUGAUCCGAGUUCAGAGAUACCCCCAAGUCCUUCAAAUAGUCGCCCUCCUUUUUCGGGCCAGCAGCAUAGGAAAUCACAGUUGGCGUUUUCCAUA